CGGAACGUUUGUCCUAUACUUAAUGUGAUGAUGAUAUUUUUUUAUAUUGAUAAAUGAUAUAUGACAAAUCUGAGUGUUGAUAGUAAUCAUACAACUAUCAAAGACUAAUUGAUUGAUUAAACGUGAUUAACUCCAGGUCUUUUUUCAUUCUAAACACAUGAGCAAAUGAAUGUUGGAGAUAUAAAAAUGAAGAAUACUUUGCUGGGACUAGUUUUACUUUUAUGUGACACAGUUCUAGCAUUGAAUGAAUGUGGGAGGUGUAACUGUUGCAUAAAUGGAACUUCAAGAUGUGAAUACAACAAUAAUGAAGACGGUGUUUGCUUGGAUGGUUGUAUUGACGGAUAUUAUACUUACAGUUGUAUACAUGCUUGUAGUAACAAUUGUGUGACAUGUUCUGGUCCAAGCAGUUGUAACACAUGCAAAAAUGGCUUCUAUAUUGGUCGUAAUCCGGAAAAUAAUCAAUAUGCAGAAGAUUGUAGUUUAUCGUGCCCGGACAACUGUAUUUCAUGCACUUCAUAUUAUAACUGUAGCAAAUGUAAUGAUGGAUAUUACAAUGGGAGACAAUACCCAUCCAGCGAUGUUGUAACCUACAAUUGUCAACAUAAAUGUAGAGAUAAUUGUAUAUCAUGUACAUCAUACGAUAUUUGCACAAAAUGUAAAACUGGGUUUACAGGUGAUCUAUGUGAUAAUUGUGAGGUAGGGAAGAACGGGAGUGUCGACUGCGUUAAUUCGUGUUCCGUAGGCUGUGAAAAUAAAAACUGUACUUAUAGUGGGGAAUGUCCAAGCUGUAAGGAGGGAUUUACCGGGGUUAAAUGUGAUAGAUGCAUCGACGGUAAGUUCGGGAAUCUAUGUGACCAAAACUGUCCACUUACCUGUUUAGCAUGUUAUUCAAUGACAAAUUGUUCCGCAUGUAUUGAAAAGCACUGGGGAAACAGCUGUCAACAAUGUCCCAACAACUGCUUUAAUUGUUCCUCAAAUAGCACUUGCUCAUCAUGUGACAAAGGAUUUCAUGGACAAAUAUGUAAUAAACAAUGCAAUGUUAACUGUCUUGAUGGUCGCUGUGACCAACUGUCUGGAAACUGCAAUGACGGAUGUGUCGCUGGGUUUUACGGGAACUUUUGUGAUAUGAAAUGCGGCAAUGACUGUGUGAAUUUAACAUGUAACAAGGUACAUGGAAAGUGCUUACAAGGAUGCAAGACAGGAUACAACGCUAUAAAUUCAGCGACUGGAAAUGAAGACACUAAAGGAGUAAUAAUAGGUGCUGCUGUAAGUGGUUGUAUUCUCCUGAUAAUAAUAGUGGUACUUGUUGCUGCUGUGGUCCUCCUGGCAAGAAGGUAA